AUGAUAGACUGGCUUCGUUAUCAUCAUGAAUUGCGGAGUAACAAAUUCAUUUCAACAAGAAGACACGGAGAGGAUCUUUACGAAUUUCUGACACAAACAAAUAUCGAAAAAAGAGCAGUGGAUUUGACACAAAUUCCGAAUCAAAUUGAUUAUAUUUCAAUUGUAAUUAUUAUGGGAUCGGUGUUUGUGGUGCUGUUUUUAUUGAUUUUGGUGACGUGUGUUAUUUUAAGAAACUCAAAAAGAAAAUACAGAUUCUAUCAAUUUCAAAAACGAGAAAAAACACAUCGAGAUUUUGAUAAGGAAUUUUUCAAGCCAAGUGCCACCCGAAAAUCCGUCUCUACAUCCAUUCAAGGUUAUUCCAUUCAAUCCAAAGAAAUCUCCAUGGAAUGGAAGCCACCGGUUUUCGCUCUCAAGCCAUUACCUCAUUUUCCACAUUUAUUCGUAGCCAACAGCUCAGAUCCAAAAUAUGAAGGUUUUGUUUUUUAUUACAAAGCUCAUGAAUCAUUGGUGAGCUCCAUUUCAAAUGAUGUGGCUGCCAUGUUCAACAGAACAGCUGGGCAUCAAUCUCUGGAACUUGCAGCAAGUGAACGAAGAAUGGAAUAUUCCAAAAUUAAUGCUACAUCGAGCCAUUUCAAUGAAAUGUCAGAGGAUUUUAAAUCAGCACAAUCUUCACUUCCAGGACAAACAGCCGCAUACAUGUCACAACCUGUUGGAGUUUCCUUAAUGAGCCAUUCAACAUCGUUUGCAAGUGGUGCCACUGCUGUACAAACGCCACCUGUCACAUUACCUCAUACUCGAAGUAAUUUAAAUUCUUCUACAAAUUCAACAUCAACAGUCAUUCAUCAUCAUCAACCCGUUAUGACAUCACAACCCCUUCCCAACAUUCCUUCAGACUCUUCCAAAAACAUCAUGUCACUUCACAUGGACGAAAUGUACAGAAUUAUUCAACGAAAUUAUUUCUCAUUUCGUGAAUUUGUUUUAUAUUCACCCCUCUUAAUUGAGAGAUCCAUUACUUGUCGCGAUCCAGAAUUGUUUUUCCCAGCCAAUUUAACUCUACGACAAUACAUUACCAAUAUUGUGCUUGUAAAAUUUAAACACAUGGCCAAUAAUCCAGAAUUGAAUGAUGUCUGGAUGGAAUAUAUUGAAACUUUUGAGAGGUGUAAAUAUUCUGAGAAUGCUGGUGGUGUUUCAAAAAAGAAGCAACCACAAGUUCAAACAAGUGGCACAGGCACACCCAAACCUCAAGGUACUGCUCAAUCAUCAACGCAAAAGGCAUCAUCUACAAGUCAACAACAACCACUCCAAAAUUCACACAGCAAGGGUCUCACUGAGGAAGAAUUUACCAUUUUUCUUGGACAUUUGUGGAUGCUUUUGAAUUUGAAAUAUUACUCUAGUUCAAAUAAAUAG